AUGGCGGCCCCGGGGGCGGCGGAAGGCGGCGGCUCCGGCGACUCCGCGGGGCCCGCAACGGUGUCGCGGCGGGUGAAGUACGCCAGCCUGGGCGUGCUGGUGCUGCAGAACGCGUCCCUCGUGCUCAGCAUCCGCUACGUGCGGACCCUGCCCGGGGAACGCUUCCUGCCCACCACGGCCGUGGUGAUGGCCGAGGCCAUGAAGGGCAGCGCCUGCCUGCUGCUCCUGCUCAUCCAGCACAAGGGCAGUGUCCGGCAGACGGCGGUGACGCUGCACGAGGCCGUGGUGGGACAGUUUGGGGACACGCUGCGCUUGGCUGUCCCCUCCCUCAUCUACACUCUGCAGAACAACCUGCAGUACGUGGCCAUCUCCAACCUGCCUGCGGCCACCUUCCAGGUGACGUACCAGCUGAAGAUCCUAACCACGGCGUUGUUCUCAGUGCUGCUGCUGGGGACGGCGCUGUCGCGGCUGCAGUGGCUGUCGCUGGCGCUGCUCUUCGCGGGGGUGGCGCUGGUGCAGGCGGAGCAGGCGCGGGCCGUGCCCUCGGCCGCGGUCAUGUCCCCGUCACCUGGCCCCGAGGGGCCGGCGCAGAGCUACGCCGUGGGGCUGGCAGCCGUGGCUGCGUCCUGCCUGUCCUCAGGCUUCGCUGGCGUCUACUUUGAGCGGCUGCUGAAGCGCUCGGGCGGCUCCAUCUGGGUGCGGAACGUGCAGCUGGGCGCUGUGGGCACAGCCGUGGGGCUGGGCGCCAUGCUUGCUGCCGAGGGCCCAGCCGUGGCCGCUCUCGGCUUCUUCUACGGCUACAACGGCGCCGUGUGGGCCGUGGUGGUCAACCAGGCGGCCGGGGGGCUGCUGGUGGCCGUGGUGGUUCGCUACGCCGACAACAUCCUCAAGGGCUUCGCCACAGCGCUGUCCAUCCUGGCCUCCACGGCUGCCUCCGCACACCUGUUCGGCUUCCGGCCGCGUGCGCCCUUCCUGGCCGGCACCGCCAUGGUCCUGGCCGCCGUCGUGCUCUACGGGCGGCCCCGCGGCACCAGCAGCCGCAGCCAGGACAGCGGCAAGUCUCCCGACAAGGACAAGGGCACCUGACAGCACCAAGUGACCCCCCCCCCCCC